UAUAAAUACUGGGUCACGUCCACAAUUUAGCCGUAGAGGUGCACUUUGUCCCCUGCAGUGGUGAAUUGUCUGUAAUUUGAGUUGGAAGAGUUGAGGUUGAAACAUGGGCAAGCGGAAAUCAAGGGCAAAGCCACCUCCCAAGAAGAGAAAUGAUAAACUCGACACUGUUUUCAACUGUCCCUUCUGCAGUCAUGGAACUAGCGUGGAAUGCCGCAUUGACAUGAAGAACUUGAUUGGUGAAGCUGUGUGCAACAUCUGCCAAGAGAGCUUUAGUAUCACCGUAACAGCUUUAACUCAGCCAAUAGACAUAUAUAGCGAAUGGAUCGACGAAUGUGAGCGUGUGAACAACCCUGAGGCUGAGGGUGAUGAGUGAAGGAAGAAUGUUGUUAGCAAUACUAGUAGUAUGUGACUCGUGUCUGUAGCAAUAGUUGUGGAUGUACAUUAUUAGUAUAGUCAUUGAAUAAAGGGGGGAAAUGACAUUUUGCUCCCUGUGUUGUACUUCUAGUGUAAACUCAGCUAGCUCCUAUAUUCCUCCUAAUGAAAAAGUGUUUGGAAA